ACUUUUUCUCGUGUUCGUCCCCCGAACCAGAAGACAAGUGCUUCACCACACGGAUUAUUAUUCCGUUGAUAGUGUUGUUUUUAUUCACUAUUUCCUCGUACACAACGAUAAUGAGCAGUGUCCACUGACAGUUUGUACUUAUUUAUGACCACGACAAACUACAUUAACACUGCCAAAAGCAUCGUUGUCGUUUGCGUGACGACGAAUAAAAGAUCAACGGAGGACAUGUAACGCAGUCACUACUGUUUUUUUGAUUCAACCAAAACGUCAUACGCUGCCGAUCAUAGACGCCCCGAGGGCCGUACAACGCCGUCCCGUCUAGCCAACGUCUCUGGAAAAAGAUCUGAUGCCCAUCAUAUUGCUCAACUUUGUCGCUAAAUAAUGAAAAUGAGCGACGAAACGCCAGUCAGUUCUCUGGUACUACCAGUUUUGAUCAGGCCGAUUUUAUCUCAGUUGGAGAAGCGCAAUGUCUCUGCGUCUCAAACUUUACGAUCAGCAUUGUUUAAAACUGAAAAUACUCAUCCUGGGUUUGCAUACAAUUUGGUUGCUGGUAUAAUGAAACAAGGUGAUAUUAGCAUUAAUAUGAAUGAGAGUGUAUUGAGACUUCAAGGCACAGUUUCUGAUCUAGAAGGUGGUGAAUAUCGGUUAAAUAGAUCUGAAGACGCAUUUCAAGAAUUAAAUAAAAAAUCUAUGGCUUUAAAAAGAAUAUUAAGUCGAAUACCAGAUGAAAUCAAUGAUCGUAAAACCUUUUUGGAAACAAUUAAAGAGAUAGCUAGUGCUAUAAAAAAAUUACUUGAUGCAGUAAACGAAGUAUCUGCAUAUAUUCCAGGGCCUAGUAAUAAACAAGCAUUAGAACAGAGAAAACGUGAGUUUGUUAAGUAUUCCAAGCGAUUCAGUAACACACUGAAAGAUUAUUUCAAGGAAGGACAUGCCAAUGCAGUAUUUAUCAGUGCCUUAUAUUUAAUUCACCAAACCAACCAAAUUAUGAUAACUGUAAAAAGUAAAUGUGAAUAAAAAAAAUUAUUUAUUUUUC